UAUCAAUCACAGCCAGCGGUUCGGGUCCGCUUUGGCAGACAGCCAGAGCUGGGCCGGGAUUGGCUGGUGCCUUCAGCACCCCUGGCCCAAGCCCCCAAAAGUUGCUACAUUCACAGGUCGCCACGUGGCCAGCAGGGCUGGCCUCCCACAGUCUUAAGCAGGAAACACGUGUUUGGUGAACACGUGACCCAUUGGAUGGGUGGCCCCAGGUACCCUCUCUAUCAGUUGGGCGGCCCACAGCUCCGUGUAUUUCGAACAAACUUCUUCAUUCAGCUGGUGCGGCCUGGUACUGCCCAGCCUGAAGAUACUGUGCAAUUCCGGAUCCCCAUGGAGAUGACCAGAGUGGACCUACGGAAUUACCUUGAGCAAAUUUACAAUGUUCCCGUGGCUGCUGUGCGCACACGGGUACAGCAUGGCUCCAACAGGAGGAGGGACCACAAGAAUGUCAGAAUCAAGAAGCCAGACUACAAAGUGGCCUACGUGCAGCUGGCCCAUGGGCAGACCUUCACCUUCCCAGAUCUUUUUCCAGAGAAAAAGCCCAGUCCUGCAGACCCUCUGGAAGAGGAGCUACAGCAGCAGAGGCAGAGCAGCGACCCACGGUGCCCUGGUAUCCCUUCCUGGUUUGGCCUAUGACCUGUGACAGCAGGGAUCACAGACCUAGCGCACACAGUGGUUCUGACAAACCCCAAUAAAAAUCCUUUGUGGAGAAAGAA